GCCCAUCUGCAUCACUACACUCUGGUUGAUGGCAUGGAAAUGUGUGACUUUUCCGAGAGUUUAGAGUCUCUCAACAGCGUCAUUACAGAGUACUCCAGCUUGGAGAGAUCUCUGGGCCAGCCAGCCACCAUGGAACCAAGACUGCAGAUGUUGUCUUGA